AGUAUGUGAUGUAACAAUGAGGUUUAUUACAUGUUGGUUUGUUAUAAUUUACCUUUUUUGCAGUGAUUGUGACGAAACGAUGAGAAUUGUCGUGGGUAUAAUUAUUGUUUGUUUGAUUUCACAAUCAUUUGGACGUCAGAAAUUGAAAAGACAAAAAUGGUGGCGCAUCAAAUGUGGGCAGCAGAAAAGAAGAAGAACACCAGCAACACCAACAACAGUAACACAAUUAGUUUGUGUAUUAUACCAAGCUAGAUACUCAAUUAAAUUACAUCAAACUAGAAACUCACCGGUUCGAGGAUAUAAUCAAAUGAAGCUAACCGAAGACGAAGACUUCGAACGAACACUCAACAAACUUGAAUAGUAGACAAAGAAAACUUGAAAAAGUAGUUAGAUGUGUAAACUUGGUUUGAAUUAAUCUUUUAGUUGGUAGUGGAGUAAUAUUGAACAAUAAAGAAAAGAUAAAUAUUU